AGGAAAGAAAAAACCGCUAUGUAGCCAAACUGCUUAGGAGAAAACGAGCAACAUUGUAGCGACUUAGCAUUUUAUAAUAUUUUAAAGCGUCGAGGAGGUAUAGUAUAAACUCGGUUUGAAGAUGAAAGUGAGAUAACUAGUGUGUAUUUGUUGUUCAGAGCAGAAAUGGAGAAGCAGUCGCGUCUGUUGUGUUCUGAGCUGUGUGUUCAGCGCAGACUGUAUGAGGUCACAUUAAACUGCGCGAUUCUCGCGUGGAAAGACAUACAAAACGCCAAAAAACACACCGGACGCGCCAUAUAUGGAGCUGUCAAAGCGGGUAGUCAUUGUGUCCCUGUGUGUGAGAUUCUAGCCGUUCAGGAAAAGGAAGAAGAAUCUCCUUGUAAAGACACUGGGAAAUGGCAGAAGGUUCCUCAGAGCCCAGUGGACUCCUGCCAGCAUGCUUUCACAGUAUUCUACGUAGAGAGAACGAGGCAGCACUGCUGGCGGUGCAGCAACGUGACUUUCGACUGCUCUGAACACUCCCUGUGUCUGCUCUGGGUCCAAACGAUUAGGGAACAACUUGCAUUGCUGACCAAUCGACCGAAGAGUUUGCUCGUCUACAUCAACCCCUACGGAGGAAAACAACGUGGGAAGCAGAUUUACGACCACAAAGUGGCCCCCAUCUUUUCCCGGGCUUCCAUUUCCACCGACGUGAUUGUUACAGAGCGUGCAAAUCAUGCCAGGGACCACUUGAAGACAGAGGCUGAUCUGAAGAAGUAUGACGGUGUGGUGUGUGUCGGAGGAGACGGCAUGUUCAGCGAGAUUAUGCAUGGCCUCGUCUCCCGUACGCAGCAAGAAGCAGGUGUGGACGAGAACUCAAUGGAGGACACCCUCACGCCAUGUGGACUUCGCAUCGGAAUCAUUCCUGCAGGUUCGACUGACUGUAUAUGCUACGCCACAGUUGGCUCAAAUGACCCUGUCACCUCAGCACUGCACAUCGUUGUGGGUGAUUCUCAGCCAAUGGACGUUUGCUCUGUGCACAAUGAAGAUCGCUUCCUGCGUUACUCUGUGUCACUACUGGGUUACGGGUUCUACGGAGACGUGCUGACAGACAGCGAGAGGAAGCGUUGGAUGGGCCCAGCCCGUUAUGAUAUCUCAGGUGUUAAAACGUUUCUGACACAUCACUACUAUGAGGGAACCGUGUCCUUCUUACCUGCUGAAGGGGACGUGGGAACUCCCAGAGACAACAUGCAGUGUCGAUCUGGGUGUAGUAUCUGUCGGCAGUCCUCUUCUGACAAACUGGUCAGCAAAAAUGAAGACAGCGUUUCUGAUGCUGAUUGUCAGGAUGCAUGGACGGUCAUCAGAGGAAAGUUCUUGGCCAUCAACGCUGCCAGCAUGAGUUGUGCCUGUCCUCGCAGUCCUAAAGGUCUGUCGCCGUCAGCGCACUUAGCAAAUGGAACUACUGACCUCAUCCUCGUCAGGAAGUGUUCCCGAAUCGACUUCCUGCGCCACCUGCUGCGCCACACCAAUAAGGACGACCAGUUUGAUCACUCUUUUGUGGAGGUGUACCGGGUGAAGCAGUUCCGAUUCACCCCCCGAUAUCAGGAGUGUGACUCCGAAGUGGACCUGCGAGAGAGCGCAGCAACAGGCAAGCAAUUCCUUAGUCAGAUCUGCAGGGAGCACAGAGCCUGCGGCUGUAUACCUUCCCAGAGCAACUGGAACUGUGAUGGAGAGAUCCUUCCACAUACUGCCAUUCAAGUCCGGGUCCACUGCCAGUUGAUCAAGCUGUUUGCGAGAGGCAUCGAAGAGCAGUCAGUGUUUGAGGACCCGUACGCUCACUGUGCAAUAUAGAUCUCCACUCCACUUAAGAAGCCUCCAGCUGAAUCAUGAAGGAUUGAGAUUCUUUGAAUUGAAGAGUCACCUUCAGCUCAGCACAAUGUCAUGCUGUUUUUGCUGUUUUACCCAGAUAAUCCUCAUCAAGAUUCUUUGGAAACACACAGAGGUGGAGUCAAAACCAUUUUCACAGCAUUUAUGUAGGCUGUAUUAGAUUUGUGUGAGAUAGGAUUAGCUAAGGCGUUAGUAUUACCGUUUUUCAUUUCAACGCUUGAAGUCCUUGAAGAUCCUUGCUGGUGAUAUCUCUUUCUGUAUGCGACAACUUCCAGUUGUCAGCAUUUGUCUUCCACCACGAUCAAGCUGGUCUUGAGAGUAGCGUUAAUUGAAUCCCAAAGUCAAAUUCUUGGAACUGUGAAAACUCUGGUAUGUUUAUAAAAACAUCCCUCUUGGUUGCACCUUUGCUGUUUUUUGUAGAUAUAAAGCACAUGAGGUGGUCGCUGAUAAAGUUAUUGGUAUACCAAAAAACGUUGUGGAUUAUGUUGAACUUUUUGUUGGACAAAAAUUUAAAUUCUGUCAUCAUUUUACUAAAAAAAGUUCCAAAAUCAAUCUUAAGUUGUUAAUCACUGCCAGCAGUGUUAUUGUUAAAGAGAUUAAAAAUUUGUUGUCAUUUACUUACCACCAAAUUUGCAAGCACUAGCUGAACGUAAAAGAAGAUAUUUUGAAAAGUGUUGGCAACCAAACAGUUGCUGGUAGUCUUUAAUUUCCAUAGUGUGGAAAGAAAAUACUAAAAAUACUAUUCCUUACUGUUAUUAUCCAAAUAUCACGUCAAUAAAUCCGGUUCCCAAAAAUAUACCUCUGAGAUGUUUGACCAGUUCUAAUGUAUCAUUUCCACUCUUACCACAGUUGGUUUUGUUUUCCAGACAUUUCAUGCAUCACAAUGUAGCAUUAGUGAGCUAGACAUUGACAGCUACGCAAUGUCACUGCAGGGUCAGUGUAUGUACGGCUGUUCAUCAGACGGAAUGUAAAUGUAAAUACUGUAGCGCUCUUCUCUGCGUUGUCUUUCUUGGUUGUCCCCCCCGAGAAUAUUUCCUCCCUUUAUAAUGAAUUUUGUGUUUGCGUUUCCUAUGCUGAUGUCUUAUUUCUUCUGAAAGAUCUUAUUGUUCCUGCGGUAUCGAAGAGUGAAGGAGUUCAUGAUAGACAGAGAAAUUGCUUUUCACUGUUGUGCAUGUCAGCUGCUUUAAUAUGCAAUUUUUAAAGUGUUUCCUUGAGCUAUACUAGUGAUUGAGGGCAUGGAUUUCCCAUGAUGCAUCUGUAGAGGCAACACAACUUCGGUAGCCAUUACAGGGAAAACAAUGUUCAUGUCCUUCAUAGACUGAAAGAUUGUAUGCAAGCUUAUUUCCACCACAUAAGAAAAAUGAAAUUGUGCUUUGGUGAAUCAUAAUUAUGACUUAAAAAUUCAGAAAUAUUAUUUAAAAACAUCAUAAAAAACAUACAAAAAACAUAAAAAACAUAAUCGAAAACUGAAAUAAAAAUAAACGGAAAUACAAAAAAUACUAAUAAAAAUAACAAAUAAUAAAAUUACUACAACUUCAACCUUAUCUUGGCUUUAUUAUAAUGUAUACUUUUUUAUCUCUUAAUUGACUUAGUAUCUCAUCAUUUCGAUUUAUCAAAGCUUUUUUUUUUGGUGGAAAUGGGCUUCGCACGGUUGUUGUGUAUGUGAAAGAAAUCAUAUUUCUCCUUGAAAUUAAAAAGAAAGUAUAUUUUUCCUAACGACAAUGGAAACUUUUUGAAAUUGGAUUGUA